AAAUGGAUGAGGGCAGAUAAAGACUGAGAAUAUAGUUAACAAUGCAAUGACCAAAAUCCGAUCGAGCACCCAAACUUCAACAAGAUCCCAUCGCCCACUUUCCCCAACGUCUAACCUACCAUUCUUCCUCCCACGACCCUCAGUACGUAUCCCCCAUCUCCAUCUUGAGAGGCGACCCCAUGGCGGCGAUCGGCGGCAUGCUGGCCGCUGCCAUCCUCAAGGUUGUGGGUGACCAGGUUGGUUCUCUGAUCGGGGGUCAGAUUGCGCUGCAGAUGAAUUUGGACAAGGACCUCAGGAAGAUGAAGAUGGCGCUGGAGUCUGUCGAGGCAGUGCUCAAGGUCGCGGAGAGGCAGUCCAUCACCGACGAACUGACGGGUCUUUGGCUGAAGCGGCUCAAGGACUUCUUGUAUGAGGUCUCUGACAUGAUUGAUGAGUUCGAAGCAGACACACAAGCCAUCACCCAGCCGUCUGCGCGCAAGUUCUCUUUCAAAAACUAUUUGGCAAUUAUGAUCCCUUGCCUGACAAUUGGUCCCAACAUUACAAUGGCCAAUAACAUGAAGAAGAUGAGAGACUAUCUGAAGGUCAUAACAGAUCAACACAGAGAAUUCGAAUUAAUAGAAAGGACUAAUGCCAUUGAGCCAUUGGUUACUGAUAUACAGGACACAUCGUCAAUCUCGGAGACACAAAUCAUUGGGAGGACCAAGGAGAAAGAGAAAAUAUUGGCUUCUUUAUCUGAGAGCAGGAUGAAAGAGAUCACAGUCCUUCCGAUAUAUGGUAUUGGAGGCCUUGGCAAGACGACUUUAGCAAAAAUGGUUUACAAUAGUUCCGAAUUCAGAGAAUACUCCCAAGUAUGGGUUUAUGUGUCCCAGAAAUUUGAUGAGAUCAAAAUCGGAAAUUCUAUAAUAUCACAACUAUCAGAGAAAGGGGAAGAGAGCAGGUACACAGGAAAGCAGAUGGUCCAUAAUUCACUUCAAAAGCUCCUUGCCAAUAAGAAUAUUCUUAUUGUUUUAGAUGACCUAUGGGAGGGUGAGGACUUUAAACUGGAACGUCUGAUGGAUAUGUUAAAGGUUGGGAAGGACAGUAGUGUGACUGUUAUAGUAACCACACGAGAUGAGGGCAUUGCAAAUAAAAUCUCUACCAUCCAACCACACAAACUAGAACCAUUGACUGAUGACAUGUGUUGGACUAUAAUAAAGCAGAAGAGUGGAUUUAAAUCAAGAGGUGACAAAGAACAAUUGGAGGAAAUAGGGAAGGUCAUUGCAAUGAAAUGCGGUGGUGUGGCUUUAGCAGCUAAAGCACUUGGACACACACUGAAAUCAAUGAAGGAGUAUGGUCAAUGGGAAAAAGUGAGAGACAGUAAUAUUUGGACUGCAUCUUCUUUAAGUGAUACAUCUUCUACGGAAGUGCUUCCAUCUCUGAAGUUGAGCUAUUGUGUUAUGCCUUCACAUUUGAAGCUAUGUUUUGCCUAUUGUUCAAUAUUUCCAAAAGGUUACAAGAUACUUAAAGAUGAUCUUAUUCACCAGUGGGUUUCUCUUGGUUACUCUACUUGGGAGCUUGCUGAGAAAUGCAUUAGUCAACUUUUGGGGCUCUGUUUCUUUGAACAAUUGAAGUCAUCACCGACUGUUGAGCUAUAUGAUAGUGACAUUAUAUUGCUGACAAUGCAUGACCUGGUGCACGAUUUGGCAAGAUCGGUCAUGGACGAUGAAAUUCUUUUUGUUGGCAAAAGCACUAAUGCUGCAGAAAGCUGCUACCACUAUGCAUUGCUCGAUGAUUGUAGUAAGCCUUUGGGAUUGGACUUGUCCAAGAUAAGAGCGUUGCGUUUUAUGGAUUGUGACAAAUAUGAACUUCAUGAUGCUGCAUUUUCAUCUGCCAAGUCUUUGCGUGUCUUGGACUUAAGUGAGUGCGCCAUAUAUACGUUGGCGGAUUGUAUUGGUGAACUGAAGCAAUUGAGAUAUCUUAAUGCUCCAACAGUCCAAGAUGCAAAGAUUCCAGACAGUCUCACCAAGCUCUCAAAAUUAAUUUACCUGAAUCUUCAUGGAUCUCCUACAAUUAAAGCAUUACCAGAGUCAAUUGGAGAAAUUGAGGGUCUAAUGUAUCUUGAUUUGUCAAGUUGUUCCAGCAUUAAAAAACUGCCAGAAUCAUUCAGGAGGCUACAAAAGUUGGCGCAUUUGGAUUUAUCAAAUUGCUCGUCUGUUGAAGGAAUAUCGGUGUUCUUAGAGAGCUUCACACAACUAGAGUCUUUGAACUUGUCAUACUGCCCAAAUAUCGGUGAUAUACCAGAAGUUCUGUCCGGCCUAUCCAAACUGCAGUAUUUAAACUUAUCAAACAGCUCAUAUCUUGAAUGUCAUAAAGAAGCAGAAUUUUUGGGUGCCCUCAGAAAACUUGAGUAUUUGAACUUAUCUUCAAGGGAAUGUGGACUCAAAAAGCUCCCUGAAUCUUUCGGCGGAUUCAGUCAACUCAGGUACUUAAACUUAUCAGGUUGGCGAGAUAUUCAGGCGAGAUUAUUUGGGAGUCUGAAGAAUCUGCUCCAUCUUGACUUAUCAGGUUGUCAUAUGGUUGGUGGUGUACAUGAAGCUUUGGUCGGUCUUACCAGUCUGCAACAUUUGAAUUUACAAGAUACACAGCUCAGUUUGUUGCCAGAUGAUCUGACCAAGCUCCGGUAUUUAAACCUAUCUCGACUGAGAAAGAUGGAUGCAGUCAAUUUUCUCUCUGCAGAAACCUGGGACAUUCUCAUCAACCAGAUAUGCAGAAUUAAUCUUUCAGAGCUAGAGCAUUUGGACUUGUCUGGAAAUUUUCAUAUGAAAAGAAUACCUGAAAGUAUUUGUAGCCUGACAAAACUGCACACAUUGAACCUCUCGGAUUGCACAUAUUUGGCAAAAAUACCUGAAAGUAUAUGUACAGCUGGUAGCUUGAAGUUUCUUUAUUUAAAGAAUUGUUACAGUCUUUAUGAAAUACCUCAGCUCGGUAGCAGUGCAAUAUCGUUACCACACUUUGUGGUGCAUGCUGCUGCUGAUGGAUCUAGCAGCAAUCUUGUCCUGCUAAAGCCCACAGAUCCUUUUCAGCUGGAGAUAACUGAACUUGAAAAUGUGAAGUCCGCACAAGAGGCACAUAGUAUAAAAUUGAUGGAAAAGCAAAGCAUUCGGAAGUUGAAACUGGAGUGGACUCGAGGUGUUGAGAGAUUUGUGGAUGACAAAAUGUUGCUGGAAAAACUAGUGCCUCCAAGCACAUUGAGUGAAUUGGAGAUAUGUGGUUAUAAAAGUGUCAUCUUUCCAGGCUGGGUAGUGGGCCAACUACCAAACCUGGACUCAUUGGUUCUCAGAGAUAUGGCAAAUCUGGAAGAGUGGGACACUUCAUACUCCACCGGUGAGGAGAACGUGUUAACACGAGUGAAAAUACUUGAUUGCCCAAUGCUAAGGAUGAAAGGGCCUCUGCCUAAAGCUGAAGAAUGGGAGAUAAUAUGCAGUGAUAAUGUGUUAUCAUCAUGGGAUGAGUGCAUUGUGUCACAGACCAGUGCUUAUUCCUAUUCUCCAGUAACUACUAUGUUGUCAUUUAGAGACUGCAAGGGGCCUCACCAAUGGAGGUGGCUUCGACACUUCCCUGGACUCCCUUCUUUGGAUAUUGCCAAUUGUGGCGUUCUAACCGGCUCACCAGAUAUCAUCCAACUAUUAUCCUCUUUGGAGAAACUAUGCCUAGAAGACGAACACAUAGAAGAACUGCCGAAAUGGUUGGGUGAGCUCCCAUCUCUAAAGAAUCUGAAAAUCAGGCAUAGCAACGGUGUAAAGGAGUUGAACGAGAACAUGAGGCAACUCACAAAGCUUGAAUCACUAGAACUUGCAUUCUGCAAAAGCAUAUCUGUAGUGCCACAUUGGCUAGGCGAAUUGACCUCUCUCAAGAAACUUUGGAUAUCUAACAAUGGAGGCUUGAGGUCUUUGCCCGCAAGCAUACAACAACUCAGCAGCCUCCAGAAAAUAGUAAUUAUUGAUUGCGAUGCGUUAGAGCACGUGGUUGCUGAAUCAGAGGGGGGAAAGAGGAAGCUAACUGACAACCAACAAAGGGAAUCUGCCCUGCCCACGUCUCUAAAGAGUCUUCGUCUACGUGGAUGUGAUGGUAUCAAGUCUUUUCCUGAGGGAAUACAUCAACUCACUAACCUCCAAGAACUAGAAAUAACUAGCUGCACUGGACUAGAGCAAUGGUGUGAAUUAGAGGAAACCAAGUUGAAGCUGGCUCGCAUAGAAACGAAGCGGAUUUGGUUCUAGACAGUGUGCAUAUACUGCACAACCAGGUGGCCAGCUUGCAAACCUGAAUCAACCUGCAAGAUUUUGUUCUGGAUGGUUUAAAUUGUUGGAGUUGAAGGAGGAGCAUCGAGAGCACAGAAAUGACGUGCUAUGGUGAGAGAAACUUGUUUGGAAGACCUGCAGCAUGGGACUUUGAGGCUGCAAGCCAUCGCCUGAAACUCUCAACGUAGUCCUCGGCCCACACCCUCUCUAUUUGUGCUCAGUUUGCAUCUCUUUUCCUGCUUGGGUCACUGCCUCUCUGUUUUUGUAUGUUUGACCAAAUAGGAGAUUGCAGUACCUGUAAUAUUAUAUUUGCGAAUUUCAUUUAUUCGGUCCUCGCUUGUGUUGAGCAUGCCUAA